AUGUUGAAUUUAACUUCCCUUGAUGGUAUUGGAGGGCUACAUCUUUCACUUAAGUAUGCUAUUGAGAAACUGGUAGAACACGGGCAAGCUAUAGAUAUUAAAGUAAUAAAAGCUUUUGAACUAAAUGAAAAUUGCAACAACAUAUAUAAAAGACACUUUAAAGAUACCCAAGUAUGCACAAAAAGUAUUGAAUCAUUAAACAUUGAUGAUAUUCCAAAAGCUAAUAUAUGGCUUUUAGGUCCUUGUCAACCAUUUACUAGGGGAGGAGCUAAAAGAGAUUCCGACGAUAAUAGGUGUAAACCACUUCUUAAAAUAAUAGACUUAAUGUACAAAAUUGACGUGUCUAAUAUGCCAAGUAUUUGGUUUAUUGAAAAUGUAGUAAAUUUUGAACAGUCUAGAACUCAUAAAUUUAUGAUUGAUAUGUUUAAUGAUCUCGACUAUACAUAUAUCCAAUUCCUAUUAUCUCCAACAUUGUUGAAUAUACCAAAUACAAGAGUUAGAUAUUAUUGUAUGGCAUUCAGAUGUUCAAACUUAGUACUAUCAUGCAAAUAUUCAAUCUUAUCAAGGUAUGAAAACUUUAUUGCCAGCAACAUAUUAAGAAAUAAUUGUAAAGGCACAAAAAAGUUAGAAUAUAAACUAAUAAUAAAUGAUCCUCAAAAUAAAUCUACUUAUGAUGAAUUAUUAUGCCAUCUCCCAUAUUCAUCAAAAUUCUGUUACAAACUAUUACACAGUCAUCCAAAAAAAAUAGGUGAUAUUAUUUAUACAGCUAAAAGUUCACUAUUUUCUGAAGUAGCGAAUAAAGUUAUUGAGAGAAAUAAUUCUUUUAGAUUUGAUAUAGUUAAUGAAUUAUCAAUCGUUUCAACAACAAUAACGAGAAGUUAUAUUGAAAGUGCUGGGCGAGGUGAACCUUUAUUUAUGAAAAGUUCUAAUGUAGAUAAUACAAAGUAUAUUAAUGAAUAUUUAUCUUGUGAUGAACCAUCAUCAGUAUAUAAACAAAUCUUUGAUACAAGUAAAUUGUGUCCUAGCAGGUUUCAAUGUAUUAAUGAGAUUGACUUAUCAAAAUGCAAUAUUCGAUUUUUGCAACCAUCUGAGAUUUUGUCUUUGAUGGGAUUCCCAUCAAAUUGGUUAUCAGCAAUAUAUAAAUAUGAUUCUUUAGAAUUUUUAAAACAGCAAUACUCAUUAAUUGGGAACAGUAUAUCAAUUCACAUUGUUUCUAUUUUGAUGUAUUAUAUGAUUGAUUUAGCUUGUGCAAAUAAAGUAUUACUUUGA